AUGUAUUACUCCUACAACUACUGAAGAAAAAAAAACGAUACAGCAGCAGAUAAACUCCCGAAGCAACCAAGGAGGUAGAAAAUACCAACAACAAUGACAAGCACGAUACGAGCGAGAGUACAAACGCGAACAACAACAUUACACAUGUACUUUUCGAUUAGAUUUGCGUGUGCGCGCGCUCACUCGCUCAUAUCGCACAAUAACUCAUCAUUGUCUUUGUUACAAUUCGAUGAUCUCUCUAGUUCAUGCUCUUUCUAUCUCGCCCUAAACGAUAUAUAAAGAAGCAAAAAAAUGCCAAAUUAAGCUCAUAAUUGAAACGCGUUAGUAUCAAACUAGAAGUUAAUUAAGCGUGAUCCAAAAAAAAAACAAUUGUGUUUCCACUUGUUCACAUACAGGGAAUUCUUCUAAUUUUUUUUCGUGUUUUCUGCGUUUGAACAUCUUCGGAAAGCACACAUUGGUUGUGACAAAAAUACAAUAAGUGACUAACAGAAGAACAACUGGAGAGAGAAAUAAAAAACUUAACAAGCAAAACCAGAAUAGACAAAUAAAAACCGAACCGAUUUAACGUCGCAAAUCGAUUCGGAAGCUAAUCGAGAAUAAGUUGUACAAAACUGAACAAAUUUACUUAGUUUACCUUAGAACAAUUCCUUUUGUAGCGACGUUCAAGUGUGCUCUUUUUUUUCGCUACAUUUCAAGUAUUUUAUGUGCUUCUUCAAACGAGCCGUUGUUCAAUUUAACGGAAAAAUACUACAAUCGAACACGCACAAGUGUUUGCAUAAAGUUGAUUUGAUUUUAAACUGAAAAAAAAAUCUAAAUUCACCAAACAAAAUGGGCAGUGCACUCUAUCAAUAUUUAGCCUGUAUCUGUGUGAAUUUAUGCACAAUCGGCUAUGGUUUAUCGGUUGGAUGGUAUGCAAGCGCAUUUCUGUUAUACGAUUCCGACGAUUGUCCAUUACCAUCGGGAAGAGUCGAUAUGGAUGAAAUUGCAUGGAUUGGUUCCAUACUUGGUAUCGGCGGUUUGAUUGGGACUGUAGCCGUGGGUUGGAUUGCCGAUCGAAUCGGUCGCAAAAAUUCAUUGCUCGCAAUGGCGGUGCCGCAAAUUAUCAGCUAUUUAUUGAUUGUCUAUGCCCAAAAUGUGUAUUACUUGUAUGCAUCGCGCUUUUUGGUGGGUUUCGUAGGCGGUGCCGUAUUUGUUGUGAUUCCAAUGAUGGUGGCUGAAAUAUCUGAAGACAGAAUUCGCGGCACUUUGUGCACAAUAUUGGUGCUUGGAUCGACUGGCGGAGUAUUGCUUGGUUUUGUUGCCGGUCAUUUUCUUGAAUAUGCCGAGACACCGCGAAUUGCUUUGAUGUUCCCCAUUUUGUACAUCGCAUUAUUCUCAUUUAUGCCCGAAACUCCGUAUUAUUUAAUGAAAACCAAUCGCAUGGAGGAAGCCGAGAAAUCACUUCGUUUCUAUCGCAACAUAUCGCCAAAUGCCGCCGUAUCCGAUAAUAAAUCAUUUGAAUAUGAACUAUCGAAAUUGAAAUAUUCAUACACGGAAAUGCAACGAAAACAUUUGGAUAGUGCAUCAAAUACACCAUUGACCAUGAGUGAUUUCUUCAAUCAACCAUUCGCAAUUGGCUGCAUUAUAAUGGUCGCUCAUGAGUUUUGUGGCGGUUUCACGAUGUGCUCGUACGCUGGCAUGAUUUUUGCUAAAUCCGGUUCAAAGAUGUCACCCGGAAUUUCGUCUAUCAUUGUUGGGGUCAUUCAAUUCAUUGGAACAUACGUGUCAUCACUUUUGAUCGAUCGACUUGGCCGAAAGUUCCUCAUGUUGAUUUCAUUCACUGGUACUGGAAUAAGUCACGCACUUUUGGCUACAUAUAUUUACUUGAGCAGUUCAACCGAUAUCAAUCUCGAAGCCUACCAAUGGGUACCUGUUGUCAGCUUUUCCGCCAUGAUAUUCAUUGCAUCAUGCGGUGCUCUCCCAAUUCCAUACGUCGUGAUUUCCGAAAUCCUACCAGACAAAAUUCGAAGCGUUGGUUCAACAUUCAUCUUCAGCAUUUCAUGGGCACUUACAUUUGUUUUGGUCAAAGUGUUCCCAUCACUUUUGGCCAUGAUUGGACUAUACGCUUGCAUUUACAUCUUUUCAAUUUGCUGUUUCGUCACCGUCGUUUACUUAUUAAUCUUUGUGCCAGAGACUAAGGGCAAAAGCUUAGAGGAGAUUCUAAUCAUUUUGAAGGCAAAUUAAAUGACCAGUUGGAACAACGAUUCUUUUUUAUUUUCUACGACAGCAAUACAACUAUCGCUUGAACUGGAUUCAAGCAAUGAACAAACAUCGUCCAUUUGUGUGACCCUCAUCUGGAUAUCAGGGACACAAACACAAAACAAUAAAAAAAUAAUAUAUUUAACAAAUUUUUCGCAUGAUCAUAGUAGAAUGAAUAUAUUUCAUAAGGUAAAUUUAUUUGACUGAUGCUGUUGCACAUUGUUGCCUAGUUUAAAAGUUUCAAAAACAAAUCAUUUGAUAACAUUUGUACGAUAUGGCUGAAUAAUUGUAGAUAGCUAAUGAUUUUCAAAGGUUGUAACAUAAUAUUAACUAGGAGCUCAAGUGUAUUCAAUCAUUCGAUGACAAUCACAGUGGAAAGC